CAAAUUAUUUCAUUUUCUAUUUUCGUGUUCAAGACCACCUUAAUUAUAGUUGCUCGGGUAAACAAAAGGAAGCCGGAUUCCGAGUCACGAAAAUGAAUAACCAUGGAUCACUUCUCAGCCACUGUGUGGCCAUCUUGGAUAGCUUUGAUCCUGCUGCCUUUGGUGUCGACCAACAUGUUAAGAGAUACUUGAAUGCUCAUGAAGUUUUAGAUGAAGUGGAGAGAUCUUUCAUCACCGAGGUAUUUGCUGGCUGCGUGCGGCAUGGUCGGAUCAUGGAGGUCAUUGUCAAAGCUUUCUAUGUCAGAGAUGGCAGGAAUUGCUUACGAGCUGACAAAAAUCUUUACACAGUACUGAGUUACCUUGCCCUGUAUAGAUUAGAUGAACUUGGAAUGGCAAACUACAGGAAGUUUAUACGAUCACAAGAUGUCAAUAAAAUGCACAAAUACCUGUCCUUCAGCUUUGAUGAGACACAUUUGAAAACCUGGAUGAAAGACGAAUGGACCAAGAUUUAUGAGAGCUCAUACGUUCAGGUGGAACUCAUUUCACCCAUUCUCAGAUGGUUACCUGAGCUUGGUGAAUUGAUAGAGCAGCUUGCAAACAAGAUAGCCAACAAAUCAGCUACACAACGCAAAGUCAAAACACCAACAGAGAUCAAAGCAUUCAAUAUAACUCAACCGAGACCCAGGAGUGUACCGGUCCCAGAGAAGAUACCACAGGUUAAAAAGUCAAAACCGGUUCCAAAGUCUACAUACCAACUCCCCAGAGAAGAUACACUUGUUGAAGAAGCAAAAGAAAGAAACAGGAAAAGAGCAGAGGAGAAUCUACUUAAUGCAGCCAAGUCUCAGUUUUCAUGUGCAAGUGCUGAAAAGUCGGAGAAGACGUUAGUCCGUAAGGCAGCCAUCUUGAAAGAGGAAGAUAGUAAGCUUCAGUUUAACAAAGUUAAGGCAAGAAAAAUUCCUGAAGCAGUCUCUAAUAAUGUUCCCAUCAAACUCAAUAUGGCAGCCAUUUUGAGGGAAGGACAACUCUAUCAGAAAAGGGAAGAAGAUGAAAUGAGAAAGCUUGAGCAGCUAGAAGCCGGAGCAAAGGAUGCUUCUGAGUUCUUAGAAUGGCAGACAUCAAUGAGACAGAAGGACACCGAUGAACAGCUUGCUGAGAUUGAAAGGAAACGACUUGAAGGCAAACUCAGCCACGAGGAAGCCAUCUUGGCCAGACAGUCACUCAUUAAAGAGAAUAAAGAGAAGGUUCUCAUCAUGAAAAAAGAGGCUGAAGAUAUGAUGGCCAAAUAUGUAGAGAGGAGAAUGAAAGAGGAAGAGGUGAUGAAGAGAGUGGUAGAAGAUAUCAUCUCAGGACAUCAGAAUGCCAAGCAAGCAAAGGUUAAGAUGCAGGAGUAUAACAGGAAAUUGGUUGAGGAAGUGAGUGAAGAAAGCAAGGAACUCCUGAGGCAAGCCUUGGAAGAAGCAGAAGCCGAGAUGAGGAGGAAGAUAGACCUGAUUCAGCAGAUCCGAGCUUUGGAGGCGGCGCCCAAGGACAGGACCAAGCUGAUUGAUUGGACUGCUACAGCAGGCCACGCCCUUCUCUCUGAGAUGUCCAUAGCUGAGCUGAAAGAAAGAGUAUCACUUUUAAGGAUAGCUCAAGAGGAAGAGAGGGAAAGCAAAAGAGAUGAGAUCUUAGAAGCCAAGGAAGCUAAAGACAGAUUCUUGAUGGAUAAACUACAACAAAUCUCUAAACAUCGCGCUGCUGAGGGACAAGUAGCAGCAAUGAAAUUGGAGAGUAAACGCAAGGCCAAAGUGGAGAAAGCUGAGAUCAAAGAUCCAAAGCUUCAGGAUCUUCAAGCUAGACUUGACCAGAGGAAACAAGAGAGACUCAAGACCACCCAGGAGAUGAAGAUUUCACCUACCAAGAAAUCUGCAAAUCGUACAAAGACACUCAUUACACAAAAGAAAAAGAACGAGGACAGCAGAUGGAAGGAGCUAGAGCGCCGCCGAGAGAAGCAAGCCUCUCUUCAGUCCCAGGGUAUACCUACAGAUGUUGCUGGUCAACGAUUGAAUUCAUUUGGGCGUUCAAGACAGAUGGCUACAGGGGCUGUAUCAUCAUGAAAAUAGGGUCGAAAGUUAGCUUAGCCUAAGAUUAUAUUCCUUUUCAUGUGCUGAUGAUGAAACAUAAAUUGUCAGAAAUGAUGAAAUUAUCCUUCAAUUCAAUCAAAUUUGAUUAAAUGGCAGUGGAUCUGUCAUUUAUGAAUCUGGUUGUUGUAUUCAUGAGAGGUAUUCCAUAUUGUGAAAUUUAUUCUGUUUUCACUCUGUUGUCAAACAUAGUUAUGUAAAAUUAGUUAAAAUUGAGAACAUAAGAUAACGUAUUUAUCAUAACAUGCACAAUUAUUUAUCAAUUAAUAAGUAUGACUAUAAUGAAAUCACAGUGACCAUUGAAGAUUAUAAAUUGCCUUUCAAGUGUCUUGAUUUAUUUUCCCAAUUUUUUUAGUUACAUUCAUCCUAAUGGUUGUUUAACAGUUUACCAAUGUCUGUCUCUUUUCCUCACAAUCAUUCAAAUUGUAGUAGACACUUCACUGUAAUUCUUUCUUAGAAAUGAGUAUGGUCUUCAAAGGACAUACUUUCUCUCAGUAUGUACUCUUCCCAUCCUAAAGAAAAUUAGUGUUUCAUGGAUAAGGCAGGCUUUUUUUAAGAUCACAUUCUUUUCCAAGAAAGAAUCGUGUACCUUGGAGAUUUUGUCAUAAGAAGAUCUCAGUUAAGAAAGAUACUUUAUCAAUCUGAUGAGAAAACGCAGAUUUGUAUACCGGGUUGCUUACGCUUUAUCCAACUCUAUGGGUUGCUUUCAAAAUCGAGAUUCGGACUAGUUCAAACACAGGUCUUUACCUCGAUAAUAAUCCUAAAAUCAUGAAGUUUACAUCAAAAGUAGAUGCCACUUCCUGGAAUAUAAACAUUCCAUUGGUUCCUUAUUUGAAGGAACAAUUUGCAUGUUUUCUCUCAGCGACACGCAUGUAAUGAAGUAUGUUCUACCAUGCUAGAACAAUCCUCACAACAGACUCUUUUUCACAACCUUAACGCGGCAAUUUGCCUACAAGCCAAAUUCUAGAAUAUGGUCAAUUAUUAAAGUGCCUGUGAAUUUAUAUACAACUUUGAAUGUAUCAUUCGAUCAAGGACAAAGCAGUGACUGACCGACAACUGAAACGAAUAUCAAGAAUCUAUGGACAGUUGAUGGACCAAUCAGAAUCCAUUAUGUUAGCUGUUAAUAUAAAUCACACCUUGCAAUUUGUUCAUAAGUAACAACUCCCAAGUGAAAGGACAAUUUUUUUUAUCUAACUGAAGUUUGUUCAACUGCAGGUAAAAUACAAGUGCGUGGAUUAUUCACAGAAGCAGAUCAAGGCUUUUUUCUAUGAUGCUUUGAUGUUUAUACAUGUAAAAUAUGUACAACUUAAAUAUUAUGCAAUGUAAAUAAAUAUUGUAUAUUCCUGUGAAAUAAAGAUUUCAUGCAAAAGUAUUACAUGCGACUGUUCUGUGUAAUUUCAAAAUUCUUAUCAGUGUGUACUACAUUGUGUGUAACCCCUGAUGCAGCGAGUCAAUUUUCUUGCUACGUUUUCAAAUAUUCCAGUUUAUAUAUGCAGUCACCAGGAAUAAAUUAAAAUUAUUGAAAAUAUGUGUGUGGCUAAGGGCAUAUUGCAAGUAGCUAACAUCAAAUUUGGGUCCCAAAUCAAUGGGUGUUGCAAUUGGUUUGAGAUUAGUAGAAAUGUAUUUGCUGUAGUUGUAACCCUAGGGACUGGGCUAUUUGAGACGUAUCGAGGACUGGGGGGGGGGCCAUAAUGGCCCCCCUUCUGAUCUCGGCCGCCGUUCGUGCAAUCGUGCAGAAAUUUGGCACGCACAUUCUUUACCACAUAAACUACAAGCUAGUUUUUCAAAAAAAAUCAGAAAAUUCAUAUUUUUUAAUUAUUAUGAAUAAAAUAUGCAAUUUAUUCAUGAAACACACUAUUCGCACAUUUAACACCCUAUUUCAAUUCAAAUUUUCCUCUUUUUUUUUUUGCAGAUGUCAUCUUUUUGAUCUAAUUUAAAGGUUUCCACAGAGAAAAAUUGCAAAAGUCAAUUGUUUCCUUAUGUAUUUCUUUGUAUGUAAAAGUCCUUAUUUAUUUAUUUUUCAUUGUUUUUUUUCAAUGGAAAUUAUUACAGACCAAGAACUAAAUUAAUUCUGCAGACCAAUUAGAAUGAAAAAUAAUCACCCUUUGAUAAAUUUCAUAUCCCAUAGUCUAGACUAUGUACACAAAUUAUAAAAAUUUCAUUUUCAGAAAGUAAAAAUUGUUUUCAGUGCACAGUAUGCACAUCUAAUGCUUGAGUAAACCCAAACUUCAAUUUCCUCUUUAAUUUUGGAAGCUCUCAAGGAUUUUUUUUCUGCAUUCAAUCAAGUACUUAUGGUGGUUAUUGUUGAUCAAUCUUGAAGUUAUAUCAUUGGGAUUUUAAGGCUCAGGAUGUGCUUUUUCAAGCCCAGUGAUUUUUUUUUAUUCAUUUUGGGCGACUUAUUGUUGGUUUGGGGGUGACUGGUCACAUAUGCAAACACAGUUCAUCUACACAUAGUCCUCACAAUAGAGAAAAAUUGUACUAUAUAGAUAUAUAUAUUUAUUGACAUAUAUUAACAAUACAUGUACAAGACAUACAUGAGUUACAUAAUAUAGAAUUAAACUAUGGAAUUUCAUGAAAAGAACACAUAAAACUUGAUAUACAUCAAACUUAGAACCUUGGUAAUGUGUUACAAUUUUGAAUUUAAAUUGUUAAUUUAAAUUGCUAGAAAAAUGUAACUUGCAUUUGGGUAAUUUCAUCAGAUUGGGUCCAAAAAUAUUGUGAUGUCCAUGUAAGGUAGUAAUCAACUAUUCUAUUUCACAGUGAAGAUCAAUUCAGAUGUGGCUAACUUUAGAUGUGUCAAUGUGAAAAAGGUCUCCAACCUUAGUAUUUCAUGUUUGAUGUUGAAAUCUUUUCCGGAUUUAUUGGAGUUCAAAUUAACUUUUCCUUACAUUACAUGAACACCACAUAUCAUUUCCAUUGGCAAUAGAAUUUCAGUCUGAAAUUGCAAUACACCAUAAUGUUCGAUAAACCUGAGGACACCAAUAUUUUGUUGAAGUGAUUAUAAGAAGAUAUUUGCCUAGUACAAUGAUACACAAGUUUUAGUUCUGGUAUGCUAUAAAAAUGGAACCAACCCUAUGACCCCGGUACUGUAUCAUUACUGAAUGUAUUGAUUAUUUCAAAGUAGUCCUAACCAAACUUGUGUGGAACACCUCAAUCUAGUUUUCAUAGGUGUUUUGAUUUAGUCUGGUACAUGUACUUCAAAAAAUAUGAAUUCCUAUCCAAAGUCUGAAAACAUGGUGUUCCUUCCCUAAAUUAA